UGGGGACUCCGGAGAGGGGAGGGAGGCCGGCCAUUGAUUUUACGGUUGGAAAGCAAAGAGCAAUAGGGUUUUGAAUGAAGAAAAUACUAAUCGAAUCCGGAUCCUAGUUAUCUAGAAAGAGUGAACGGGUAACCGUUUCCAUACUAGGACACAGAAACCAAAAGAAAAACGGUGGCUGAAGGGACCUUGCAGCGGAUUUUCGCCCUUUGGAUAGGGGGGCGAGCAUUUGUCCCAAACCCGGCGACGGUGUUUUGCGGUUAGAAGGAACUACAGAACAAAAGCGCAAGAUAUUUUGACUUCUCAUAACUGCAAAAUGGAAUUUAUAUAAUUUACCUGAUAUAACAUACACUUGGAUUUUCUCUAUGGAUUUUAUUCUGUGAUUAUUAAUGCGACACAAAAGCAUUGCGUCUCAUGUGGAGCGUUUAACUGUCUUGCGCACCCCUCUCCGUGAUGAAUGUCCGUAUUCACACGCGCAGCGGGGCUCCCAGCGAAGAACAGAUGCAGAAACCGAGAAUGGGAUGCGUCUCAUGUCUUUUGUAUAGCCUGGAUGAUUUUCAACUGAGAAAAGGAUAUCGUAUUUGAAGAGGGAUUAAAUUACAAACCCUUCUUCCCUGGAAGGUGCAGUUGGGAUGGAAACUGAAUGUGGAUAUGUGUACAUCCCAGCCGCCUGAUUUGAAUCUCUGUUUGGGAUUUUCUUUGUGUCGAGAUUUUUUGGCUACAAUUCACUUUUUACCAAUUUGGGUAGCACAUUUGAAAAGAAAGGUCUGUCCUCCCGCUCUCCUCCGGCCUCCAAGAUAGAUUCCCUCAGGAGUAAGGUUGAGCUCCUCCGCCUGCCUCUGGCCCUCUCCUCCAAGUCCAUCAGCCACCGCAAGAGUCAGCUGGGCGGAGCCGGGGAGCGCGGCACGGGGGGAGGAGGGGCCCACAGGGGCAAACCCCGCCCACCGGCCUCCGACAUGGACAACGAGUCGCAGUACUCAGGCUACUCCUAUAAGUCCUCGCACUCCCGCAGCUCCAGGAAGCACAGGGACAGGCGGGACAGGCACCGCUCCAAGAGCAGAGACGGCAGUAGUCGUGGAGACAAGUCAGUCACCAUCCAGGCCCCUGGAGAGCCUCUACUGGACACAGAGUCCACCCGUGGAGAUGACAGGGAUGAUAACUGGGGUGAAACCACCACCGUGCAGACUGGCACAUCAGAACACAGCGUCUCUAACGAGGACUUGACGCGCGUCUCCAAGGAGCUCGAGGAGUCCUCCCCGUUGGAAUGCCGUCGUUUCCUUGGCCCUGCGUUGGGUGCCCUCCUGGGCCUCUUCGCUCUGGUCACCCCCCUGGCCUUCCUGGCUCUGCCCCAGCUGCUGUGGCGUGAGUCCCUGGAGCCCUGCGGCACACCCUGCGAGGGCCUCUACGUCUCACUGGCCUUCAAACUCCUGGUCCUCCUGAUCUCUACCUGGGCUCUGUUCCUACGCCCGCCGCGUGCCACCCUGCCCCGCUUCUACGUCUUCCGCUGCCUGCUGCUGGCACUCGUCUUCCUGUUCGUAGCGUCCUACUGGCUGUUCUACGGCGUGCGUGUGCUGGAGCCCCGGGAGAGGGACUACAGGGGUAUCGUGGGGUACGCGGCGUCGCUGGUGGACGCGCUGCUCUUCAUCCAGUACCUGGCCCUAGUGCUGCUGGAGGUCAGACACCUGCAGCCUGCCUUCUGCCUCAAGAUGGUGCGUACCACCGACGGGGCUAGUCGCUUCUACAACGUGGGACACCUCAGUAUCCAGAGAGCAGCAGUGUGGGUGUUGGACCAGUACUACAGUGAUUUCCCAGUCUACAACCCUGCUCUCCUCAACCUGCCCAAGUCCAUCCUCUCUAAGAAGAUUUCUGGCUUCAAAGUCUACACUCUGGGAGAAGAGAACAGCACCAAUAACUCUACAGGUCAGUCCAGAGCGAUGAUCGCUGCGGCGGCCCGCAGGAGAGAUAACUCCCACAAUGAGUAUUACUAUGAGGAGGCAGAGAUGGAGCGCAGGGUCCGCAAGCGUAAGGCCAGACUGGUGGUGGCGGUAGAGGAGGCUUUUACGCACAUCAAGCGUCUCCAGGAUGACGAGCCGGCCGCCUCAUCCCCCAAACACCCCCGUGAGGUGAUGGACCCCCGGGAGGCGGCUCAGGCCAUCUUCGCCCCCAUGGCCCGGGCCAUGCAGAAGUACCUGAGGACCACGCGCCAGCAGCCCUACCACAGCAUGGAGAGCAUUAUCAACCACCUGCAGUUCUGCAUCACGCACAACAUGACCCCCAUGGCCUUUCUAGAGCGCUACCUCUCCCCAGGCCCUACUAUGCAGUACCAGCGGGAGAAUGGUAGGGGGCGCCAGUGGACCCUGGUGAGCGAGGAGCCGGUGACGUCCGCCCUGCGCCCGGGUCUGGUUUUCUCUCUGCGGCGUCUCGACUUCUCCCUGGUCGUCACAGUGACGCCCCUUCCAUUCCUCCACCUGGGGGAGGAGUUUAUCGACCCCAAGAGCCACAAGUUCGUCAUGAGGCUGCAGUCGGAGACCUCUGUGUAGAGAGGGAGAGAAAGACACAACGGUAGAGAGGAAGUAAAGGGUAGAGAGCGGAGAAGAGAAGAUAUGAGCGAGGAAGAGAGAGACUAUGUUUAAACUUUGCUCAAAGCCCAACUCUCUCAGUGUUGACCUCUGUGUGAGAGAGAGAGAAGACACAAAGGUGAAAAAAGAGAGAGGGAGAGAAUGAGAUGGGGAAAAGAACAGAGAGAGACACAUUUUCAACUUUACUCAGAGCCCAACUCUCUCUGGGUCCUCUCUUACUGUUUAUGACUGACCAAUCAGACACUCCCAUGAGCUGAUCAUUCCCACAAUGCAUCAGCCUCACCUAGACCUGAGCGUGUUGACACCAUGUAGCUUGAUACUGUUCCCAUGACUGGGACAUAGGGAUUUAUUACACUUACACAGACCUUAAUACAGCUCAUAGCGCCUAUUAUCUCUGUUUAUAACAAUGUAAUAACCACCUUAUGUGAUUUAAAUCCACCCCAAACCCUUUACGAUGAUGAUGACUGUUCAACACAACUCAAUUGCUGUGUUUUCUCAAAAUCCCUGGAUUUUGGUUAGAAAACCUCAUAGUAGACGUCCUUAGUUCUACAUUCCACAGCAUAUAUACCUCCCAAUUCUAAGGCUCAGUCCGAAAUGUCACCCUAUUCCCUAUAUAGUGCGCUACUUUUGCACCCUAUUUCCUAUGGGGGCCCUGGUCAAAAGUAUUGCACUAUAUAGGAAAUUGGGUGCUUUUUCAGACACAUCCUAGGUGUAGCACUGUCUAGACAGCUAUCUCUCUGUUUUCACACAAAGCAGUGGAAAUGUGGCGUCUGCCACCAAGGGCUGGAGGAGAGACCUCUGUGGCUGUCCUGUUUUAUUAACGGUGUGUGUGUGUUACUUUGUUACAGUCAUUGGUACCUGUAUGUUUCUCAUUCCUUGGCAAUAACUGCACUACAUUCACAACCGGCCAAUUGAAGUUGACAUUACUAUGUUACUCAGGGACGCAACUUUCACUGGGGACUGGGGGAACAUGUCCCCCCCACAUUCUGAGAUUGCAUUUUUGUCCCCCACAGUUUU